AUGCCCCUGUCCCCGGAUGUGGGAGCUGUGGAUCAUCAUGAUCAUGUAACAGAAGAACAAGCAGAGGAAGGUGUUUGUUAGAUUUUUCAUUUAAUACGUUUAUUAUUAUUCUAUAAUAAUACAACACAUAUCAUUCCCAUAACAGAUUAAUUGUAUUUUCUCAACAGAUCAUCACCGAGGAGGAGAUGCUUAUCCAUCAUGACACCCCAAUGUACGAGCCAGUGCCACCCCGGGCAAGGCGGCUUGCUAGUGUGGAGGAGAUGGUGGCUGUCCAGAGGACGCUCCUGGGGGAGGUCACGGCCCUGCGCAGCGUGCAGGAGGAGCUGCUGAAGGUGGAAGGCGAGAGAUUAGCCCUGGAGAAGGAGAAGUUUGCCAUGGAGAAGCGAAGAAGACUUGAAGAUUAA